AAAUUUGUAUUAUUAAAAAUAAUUGUUCUCGACACAUGUAAUCUCGAAAACUCAAUAUAUAAUACAAAUUAAAAUCAUGUUGUAGAGCAAAGUAUCUAAGUAGAUAAAUAGUACAUUUGACAGAGUUAUGAAUCGAACUUUCAACUUCGAAUAUUUGACUGGUAAAAAUUACGAGAAAUUGGAAUUUGGAUAUAUUUAAACAAGAUCUACCAUUAAAUAUCAAGACGAACGUGAAACUAAGCUACAGGGUGUCUCUUCUGUUUUAAAAUUAGUUAAAUUAGUAAAUGCAAUUCUUAUCGUGAAAAACUCCAAUUUACAAUCAAGGUUGAGCAAAAUAAUAGAAUCAAUUUUCUUGAUGUCACAUUAUAUAGAAUUAACAAUAACAUAAGAACAGAAUGGUAUACGAAACCAACUUGGUCCUCAAGAUAUUUAAACUUCAAUUCGUGUCAUCCUAUAUCACAAAAAAGAUCAGUGAUAAUAAGUGUGGCUGAUAGAUCUAUCCAACUAUCAGAUCCUGAAUUUAGAUGCUUAGCUUUUCAAAAAGCAAAAACUGCAUUGAAAGAAAAUAAUUAUCCGGAAAAAAUGAUGAAUAACAUAUUCAAUAAAAGGGUAAACAGAUACUACAAUCAAUUUAAAAACAAAACAAAAACGAAACAUAAAACAUUCUUCCUUACCAUAUGUACAAGGACUUUCCCAACAAUUAUCGAAUUAUUUCAAUAAAUAUGAUAUUAGUAUAAGUCAUAGAGGACAUAAAAAUUGUUUCAGCUGCAAGACUUCACUGCUGAUCGAAUUUUAAGAUUCUCAUUAUUUUCCUUUUAGACUAAUUACUGCGAUAGUAGCUGCAUGGACAGCAAUGGAAAAAGUAGACGAAUCAAAUGGAUGUUUAUAUACGGUGCCAGGCACCCAUAAAGGGCCUCUUUAUGAAGAUGUAUAUCCUGAGGGUUUAAAAAAUACUUGAUAUCACGGAAUUCCAGGAAAAAUUCAUCUUCCUGUUUUUAUCCAUCCACUCCUGCUCCAUGGAUCUGGUCCAAAUAAGUCGAAAGCCUUACAAAUAUAUUCAUGCCGAUUCCAAGUUUACUAAUUGGCAAAAAGAUUUUUAUGAACAAAAUGGAUACAUUAUUAUAAAAGAUAACAUAAACUAUGAAUUAAUAGAUGAACUAAAUCAAAGAUUUAUUGAUAUUUGUGAAGGAAAUGCAGAGGAUGCAAAAUGCCAGAUUAUAAAAGACCCAAUACUCAAGAAAAAAGGAGCCAAAGGAGAAUUUGUUGUGAAUAAGCUACAAGAAAUUACCUAUGAUCCGAUUUUAAGCAAGUAUUCUUCAGAGAAAAGCCUUCUAGAUGUCAUAGAGAAUAUCAUAGGACCAAAUAUAACGGCUGUACAUUCUAUGCUUAUUAAUAAGCCUCCAGAUAGUGAACCUGACAUUUCAAAGCAUCCCCUACAUCAAGAUCUGCAUUACUUUCCAUUUAGACCAGCCCAUAAAAUUGUAGGUUCAUGGACCGCAAUGCAGAAAGUCGACGAAUCCAAUGGUUGUUUAUAUGUUGUACCAGGCUCUCACAAAAGUCCUCUUUAUAAACAUGAAUAUCCUAAGGGUUCCAAUAAUGCUUUAUAUCAUGGAAUUACGGGAAAAGAACAUCUACCUAGGAAAUUGGUGAUUUUAGAAAAAGGUGAUACUGUUUUCUUCCAUCCUUUGAUCUUACAUGGAUCAGGUCCAAAUAUGACAAAAAAUUUCAGAAGAGCCAUAUCAGUACAUUUUGCAGACUCUAAUUGUCAAUUUAUUAAUGUUGCUGGAACUGUUCAAGAAAAUAUUAAAAAAGAAGUAGAAGAUAUUUUACGACAUCGAGGAAUAGAGUUAUCAUUUGAGGAUGGCUGGAAAAUGAAAAGCAAACUGAUAAAGGGUCCAGCAGGAAAUUUUCAAAGAUUUGAUAGCCAUUUGUAAUACAUCUACAGUUUAGUAUAGUUGGGGUCAUGGAAGUUCAUUUUUAAUAUAUAUUGUUGAACAAAUAUUGUUAAAAUAGACGAAAAAUCAAUUUUGUGUAUAUAUUUCUCCUUGUUAACUUUCCAUAUAUAAUGUUCAAUGUUCUAAUGUAUUUGUAUUCAGCUAUUGACAAUACUGUAAUCCAUUUUUCCACAAUCCCUACGAAAUAGUGUCUAACAACUGUCCCGCAUGAGAAAGAAGGGCCAGAGAUAGAGGAGGUUUUUGGACUGUAUGGGAAAGGUUUCAAAGUCUGACCUACCAGGCAGAACAGCAAGGUCUGACAAUACGUAAAAGUAUUUUCCCACCUACACACGCAUCAAGACCAGUGAUAAUAAGACCCAUCAUAACCAUGAAAAUUUAAUAUUUUUGUCCAAAAACGAGCCAGCCAAGUGCAUAUUCUAUUUAAAAUAUCAUAAAUCAAGUAACCUUCCAGAAUUAUUAUUUUACUAACUCCUGCCUUUUCUCUCCAAUUUGUUUUGACAAAUCGUAUUUAUAGCCUUGCUGAAACUAAAAGAAAAAUUAGGUGAAUUUGAAUGUGCCAAAUGGAGAUUCCAAACAAUAAGGUUAAUUAAAACUUUACAUAGAUCUUCCAUUGGUUCCACUAUUUCUGAUAUAUUAGUAAUAUAUCCUGGUUUCCUUCACAUUUACGUUGUAACAAGUCGUUUUCCAAUCCAAUUUUUUUAACAAUAGUUUGUUUUAUUUUGGAAACUGCCAGCCCCAGAGUUGGCUUUACCAUCGACGGAAUGAAAAUAAUAAAUUAACAAUACAGAAUUUUGAUUCAUAUAAUACAACCUGAAAUUUUUGUUAAGAUCUCUUUUUGAACGGUAUGAAAUAAAAAUCACAUUGCUAGAUAUUUUUUAUAAGAACAAUGACUAUACUAAUUUACAAUUAUAAAAAAAACGCCACUUGAAAUUUCCUGAAAAAUUCUUUUAAAAUAAAUUAUGUGUUAUAUUAUGGGUACUAUAAUAAGUUUUUUAUUUACAGAGUCCAUUACUUCUAUCCUUAUAGCUAUAUCACUAGCCAAUAAUUUAUAAAAAUAA